CCGAUGUUCUUUCUUUUUUUAUUUCAACAAACGCGGCUUUUUUUUAUAUACUUGCUGUUGUGACGGAGAGUAAAACACAGACACUGUUCAUUACUUGGGAAGGAAACGUCUCCACCAAGAUGUCUAUCUCUGUAUGUUGUGACUGUCCACUGUCGCUCCUCAAGACUGAUACUACGACUUCCAGUAAGCCAGAACACCGAACAUUUAACACGAGAAUCAUAUUUAUAUAUUUUUUUGUUGUUGAGUGAACAAGAGCCCACCGUGCUGGAAGGAAUGAACAGAAUCCUCAUGGCUUCAUUGCUGGGUGUGGCAGCAUGUGUGCUACAAGUCGCAGCAUCAAAAGAAGACUUGAAGGUCAGCGUGUCCGUGUGGCCACCGGGGUCAAAGGUCUUCCUCGAGGAGAGCGUGCUAUUGCGGUGCACGGUGGAGUCCAACGCCACUUUCGUGUGGAGCUACCGCUGGUCCCGGCACAAACCCGACACCAUCCAGAAGACUCCGGAGAACCCCCGCCACCUGAUAUCUGGCGGAAGCUACUUCAUCACGGCGGUGACGAGGGAGGAUGCAGGGACUUACUGGUGCUGGGCCGAGCGCUCCAACAGCAACAGCAGUGUGGCGUUCAUGAGCGGGCCCACCACGCUGAGUGUAUAUGAUCUACCUCUUCCCUCACUGACUCUGACUCCCAGCACACGGCACAUGUUCAUUGGAGACACCUUCACUGUCCAAUGCCCUGAGCCCCUGACAAACUCUUCGGCGUGGGUGCUGAAGCAAACCUCUCCCAGCUAUGGAACAAGGACCUAUGACUCCAACACUGCUGCAUGUUCACCACUUGGGGGCUCUGUUAGUCCAGUGAGAUCUGGCACCUGUGUCAUCUCUGCUGCGCGGAAGCAUGCUGGGCUGUACUGGUGCGAGGGUGCUGAAGGCCGCAGCAACGCCCUCCACAUCACCAUUAGCUCUGGUCCGGUCAUCAUGAGGACUCCCGCCUUUGCCGUACCACAGGGAAGUAGUGUGGUUUUAUCCUGUCACUACUGGAGAGGCAACCACACUAAAAGCACCUUUUUUAGGAAUGGCAUUGAAAUAAGCACUCUCAGUUCUUCCAGCCCUGGUAGGGAUAUAAAACUAACCUUAAAGAACGUAACAGAAGCGCACCAAGGCUCCUACAAGUGUGCUUCUCAGGACAGGAAGCUGGAGAGCCCAGAGAGCUGGUUAUCAGUAGGAGGCCACUCGUUAUCUGCGGACUUUUCAGCUGACGUCAGUCCUGGAUAUUGGAUCGGUUCAUGCAUUCUUAUCAUCGUCAUCCUGGCAGCUAUCUGGCUUAUUCAUUACUUCCGGUACAAGAUGCUCUACACCCAGAGCUGUUGGUCACCUUCUAACGAGGAAUCUCCUGAGGCGGCGCUUCCGGCCACCAAGCAGGAUGUGACAGAGGUACAGUGGGAUCUGUCCUGGAUGGAGAUGUCCAAUCUUCUCAAUCACACCUGAAGGUUCUAUUUCACCUCUAUCAUGUAUGAGCAGUUCAGCAUUUACUGUACACUAUGCACAUAGUAAUCUUCAGUUUCAUUAGCCCUGAUGUGGAUCACACACAGCAACAAGCUAAAUGACAAUUUAAUUUAUUUCAUACAUCUGUCUGAAUUCAUCAUGUGGCAGUUUUGCAUAAAAUACACUUACUUCAUAUUUGUGAUAUAUGUCGUCUGUCCAUGGCACAAGUAAGGGGAGACAACAAGGUUUUUAAUUGUAUAUUAUACAACAUUUAAUCAAAGAUAAU